GUAAAUUCAUUUGGUUAGGGCGAUUUUUGGAAAGUAUGACAAAGACAUUUUGUCUUCCUGAAGUUAAGUAUACUCAAUUAUUCAUUGGUAAUGAAUUUGUCGAUAGCAAAUCGAAAAAAACAUUUCCAACUAUUAAUCCAACAACAGAGGAUGUGAUAUGUCAUGUUCAAGAAGCUGAUCAGAAUGAUGUAAACAAAGCAGUUGAAUCUGCUAAGGCAGCCUUCAAAACAGGAUCUACGUGGCGUACCAUGGAUGCUUCAGAACGUGGUGUUUUGUUACAUAAAUUGGCUGAUCUUAUCAAAAUGAAUGCUGAAUAUAUAGCUCGUUUGGAAGCAAUGGAUAAUGGGAAGACUGUAGACUUAGCAUUGGAUGAUGUCUUAUUUGCAGCGCAAACAACUCGGUAUUAUGCUGGAUACGCUGAUAAGAUUCAUGGUAAACAGUUACCAGUUGACGGGAAUAUGAUUACGUUUACUCGCCGUGAACCACUUGGAGUUGUUGCUUGUAUCACACCGUGGAACUAUCCGUUUUUGUUGAGCGUUCUCAAAUGUACUCCAUGUUUAUGCGCUGGUUGCACAGUUGUAUUGAAACCCGCAGAACAAACACCAUUAUCCGCAUUGUAUUUAGCUGCUUUAACCAAAGAGGCAGGUUUCCCACCUGGAGUAUUUAAUGUUAUCUGUGGAUAUGGUGAAACUACUGGUGAGGCGUUAACUCAUCAUCCGGAUGUUAGAGCUAUCUCAUUCACCGGUAGUACUGAAGUUGGUCAGUUGAUAAUGAAAGCUGCGGCUACGAAUAUUAAACAUGUGAAAUUAGAACUUGGCGGCAAAUCACCACUGAUCAUAUUAGCUGAUGCUGAUAUUGAGAAAGCUGCAGAAGUUGCACAUGAAGCUACAAUGGUUAACCAUGGACAGUGUUGUGUGGCUGGUACUCGUGUAUUUGUACAAGCUCCUAUAUACGAUCAGAUGGUUGAGAAACUGAAAAGGCUAGCUGAGCAACGUAAAGUUGGUGAUCCUUUCGUAUCUGGUACUAUACAAGGUCCACAGAUUGACAAUGUACAAUUUGAAAAAAUCAUGUCAUAUAUUGAAAAAGGCAAAAAACAAGGUGCUCGACUAGUCACUGGAGGAUGUCGAAUUGGAAAAAAAGGUUAUUUUAUUCAACCAACAGUGUUUGCAGAUGUGUCUGAUGAAAUGUGUAUAGCAAAAGAAGAGAUUUUCGGUCCAGUUCAAUGUAUAUUGAAAUUUAAUACAUUGGAAGAAGUAAUUGAACGUGCAAAUGCCACACAUUACGGAUUAGGUGCUGGUGUAUUCACAAGUGAUAUGGAUAAAGCAAUGAGAAUUGCUCAAUGUGUAGAAGCUGGAAGUUUUUGGUAAGCUUAUGUCACACUGAAAAAUAUGUAUUUGAGUUAUUGAUAUGCACUUGUUAGUUCGUGCUUGUCUAAUGAGUAAGAUGAGUAUGAGUUGAAGUCAGUAACAAAAGAAAAAUCCUCAUUGUGUAAAUUAAUAAAACAGAUAUAAAGGAACAAUAUUGUUUCCAAUUAAUUCUCCAUCGGACUUUAAUAUACAGGAAUAAUCAUAUACAUGAAUUCACUUAGUAUUGUUUGCUUGAACCUUCCCAUUGAGGUUUUUAGGACUGCAAUUGAUCAGUCUGUUAUUGGUAUAUGUGCAUACUAUGCGUAUUGCCUCGAUAUUGCCUUAAUUCACAAGCCUGGUAAGUAAAGAUGGAUAGUGGCUAGCAGUGGAAUCCAGGACGCGCGUUUCGUCUCAUUUGGAACGCAUCAGUUGAAUGUACCUGCAUCUAAUUAUGUGCAUAUAUGAGAAAUACUGAACCAGUCGAGGCAAUUUCUGAGUCAGUGACAAUUAUUAAAUAGAUUAUACUUAGUAUGUAAAUAUAUGAUAUGAUAGUAAUAGAACAUUAUUGUAGUAAUAAAUAUAUAAAUAAUAAACAUCAUGUUAAUAUAAACAAAUGUAUUGCAACAGGAAGUUAUUCAAAGGUUGUGGAUAAACGUAUUACAAUAGUAACCAUUUAAAUAACACAAUACAAUCCACAAAAAGGACUUAUUGUUUUUCAAACAAUUAAAUAUGAUCUGAACUAUUCGGAUAUUAUUAAAUAAUCUUGUUCAACACAUUGGUUAAGUGAGAAAAUGAAGUAGAGCUGCAAUGAACAGAGAUGAACUAUUUGUAUUGGACAUACAGUAGUUCACAUGAAUCAACUAGAAAUCUAAAAUAAUUCUGUGUACAAUUGAUCCUUACGGAAUUUGGUCUGUUUAUCUUGAAGUUGGGCGUCUAUUGAGUUUUUCAUCUAGUUCCAGUAACACUGUUGAAAACCUUCUCUGGUACUGACAGUAGUGUGAUGCAUCUGUAGCUCUUGCAUUCGCUCAAAUAUCCUUUCUUUGGUUUCUUAAUGAGGUGUCUUUCUUUCCAGUCCGUCGGUGACACUUUUUCUUCCUAUCGAAUCUUCCCGAAUAGGGUGUGGAGUAUUUUUGCAGUUACCUCCAUAUCUGACUUCAGAGCUUCGAGUGGUAUACUGUCAGGUCGUGCUGCUUUCCCACUCUUCAUUUGUCUAAUGGCCAUCCUGAUUUCUUCGAUUGUUGAUGGAGUGACAUCUAUAGGCGUGUCUGAGUGUGCUGCUUCGAUGUCCGGUGAGUUCAGUGGAGUUGGCCUGUUCAAGAAUUCUUUAAAUUGUUCUACCCAUCUCCCCCCUGUUCUUGAAUCUCGGUGAUCGUCUUGCAUUCUUUGUCCUUGAUUGGUCUCUCCGGUUUACCACAUUACCCUGUCAGUUUCUUCGUUGUGUCAUAUAAUUGUUUCAUAAUUCCUUCUCUUGCAGCUUUCUCCACUGUCGUUGUUAGGUCUUCCACGUAUUUCUGCUAGUUGGAUUUAAUGCUCCUCUUCACUUGGUUGUUUGCGCCAGUUUAUUCAGCUUUCUCUAUUAAUUUUCGCCUGUUGUUAAAUACCUUCUUCUUUUGCUCACAUUGUUGGAUCUUGCAUAGGGUUUCGAUAGAGAUCCAUUCAAUAUCAUGAUGCUUGUUGCGGUCCGGCACCUCAUGACACGUUGGAAUUAGUGUUUAAUUGAUCACUUUCCCAUCGCCUGCACAGUAGUUUCUUCAUAAACGUUGUUCUCCAUUCCGACUUCGGCAUUUAGAUCUCGCAUCAGAAUUGUCAGGUGCUUUCCUGGGCACUUAGUCGCAUUUCGCUAAACUCAACAACGAACGAUGCCAAGACAAAGGAAAACAAAAAACAAUAAGUUAUUUAAUCGAUACACAGUUAACGACUGAUUAUCUGUGUUGUAACAGAAAACAACCCGAGUAUCUGGACUCCAUAAUUCCAUGCACACUAACAACCGACUUUUUGAAUACCUUGUUCUGUGAGUUAGCACCAUCGAACAGAAUGAACUGAAAAUUUUCAACUAAUAGAUUGAAUGUUAAAUAUAGGAGAGAGGUGAAUGAACUUGAUCUCCUGUUGUGCAGUGGUAUGUGAAACACAGGGUUGUGGUGUUUAUUAGUCAACACAGUGGAUUCGACUCAAUCGAACUGAUAUUGAUGUGAAUCGAUAGCGUGUGAAGAACAGCCGAAGUGAUUGGUAUUAGCUUUAGACAUUCAGUAUCCCUAGAAGAGCUACAGACUGAGUUUUACUGUAUUUUGACAAACUGUUGUUCCAUAAUUUAUUAUUAAUGUAUUAUACGUGCGACUAAGCCCUUAACACAAUGUUUGUUUGAAUUAUUCACUUUCAUGUCAUAGGAUCAAUAGUUAUAAUCUCAUUUCUCCUCAAACUCCUUUUGGUGGUUAUAAAAUGUCUGGAAUGGGACGUGAACUGUGAGUAUUAUGAUGAAUAAAUUUCGCAUGUAUAUGUUUUAGUACGUUAUCAUAAUUUUAGUUGUUUCCAAUAUCCGGCCAUGUUCGACAGUGAAAAUGCGCUACAACAGGAUAUCCACUUAAUGCAUAGAAACUAGUAUAUUGCAUGUACAUUUCUGCACAACCACCAAUAUGAUUCCUUUCGUAAACCUGCAAUUAUUAAGUAAUUUUCAUGUUGCGAAGUUAACUGUUUUACAAAUUUGAUGACUAUUUCACCGGCCUGCAUGAGUUGGAUAACAUAAUCUCGAUGGUCAAGUAUUUAAGCCUACAGUAACUAAAUCAGAUCAUUACAACUACUCAUUUUUCUAACCAAAAUUAUCUAGAGAAACGUUUAGAACUUGUUCAUUCGUAAAUGCUCUUCAGUGAUAAACAUCGAUAAAAACUGUAAUCAUUUACUGUAACCAUUUAAAUAAAAAAUGAAUUGUUUAUCUGAAAGUAGAAUUCAAUUAGACUAGUAGAUUAAGAAUGCUCUCGAUUUCGGUAAGACCAUAAUUGAUUUGAACUGUGAUUGGUUUUUCCUACUGUGUCAUACAUCAUAAAAGUACCACUGUCAACUAGGAUCAUAAAUAAUUUAACGUAUUCUAUUAAUGGGCACAUUGUAAAAUGAGUGUGAAUAUUUGUCUAGCUUGAUAGUUCUACUCACUAGUUGACAUUAAAUAGAGAACGAAUGGAAAUGCUAAAGCACUGUGUGGCUCUUUCGUCAUAGCUUAGGACUUUUCAACUGAUCAUACAUACAGUCACACGAACGACCUUCAAGUCAGUCAUCAAUGAAUAAUUUUGAGAUGAAUAUCGCUGAGUUUUAGUGAGGAACUGUAGAUCGUGAAGUCAGCUAUCUAAAUUAUGUGGUAGAUACAUACAGAUGACAUUGUAUGAUGUUUGCAUUGUAUCACUGAUUAAAUGAGACUGGAAACAUGAACCAUUUCAACAUUACUACAUGAUAUUACUCAUUCUUUUCCUCAUUAUUUCAGUGGGAAAGAAGCACUGGAUGGUUACUUGCAAACGAAAGUGAUUUCUAUGCCAAUUUCAGUAAAGAAUUCUUGAAAUUCAUGACAGUUUUUUUAAAUUCUUUUGUAUUUUUCUCUAUAAACACGAUUAUUUUACAGUAGAAUUUUGAUAUGAAUGUGAUUUAUUGUUAUUGAUAUUGAUACUGUUGUUCUAUCGUUAAUAGUAGAUAUUACAUAGAUAAACAAAUAAGAUAUUGUGAAAAAUUUCCAUUGAUUUUCUGUAAGAUUUACUCAGCUUAAAAAUAGAUGAGGAAAUAAUAGAAAAUAUGAUAAGAUCA